UCAAUUUGCUUGUAGAUCUUCUUUUUCUUGAUUUCCACAUAAAAAAGGAAAAGAAAAACUGCUUUUUAAUCUUAUUCUCUCCAAGUUCUAGCUUCCUUUCAACUCAAAAGAAAGAAAAAAAAAAAAAACUGCUCUAAUUUCCUGUUAUAUAUAAGGUUCAUUUCUACUUUCGUUUUCUUUUAACUAAAAAAAAGUGCUGUGUUUCUUUCAUUUGGUUUCUACUUCCGUUUGUUCUAAGUAGAAGAAGAGAAUCCAGUAGAAGCUGCUCCUUUAAUCUUUUACAUAUAGUCCUGCUGAAGAAGUCUGCAAGUGGUGAAGAACUGAAGACCUAGUCCCUGCGACACUAAAUCCAUAUCUAAAGCUUUCGAAGACCCACUGACAGUGAUUUGAAAAGGUGCUUGUUUAAUCUUCCUGUACUAUUGAAGAACUCCUGGAAUCGGGGGAGGACGCAAGUCCCUGCAGCAUUAAAUCCAGUUUCUAAUUCUUUAGAAGACGCCAAAGUGAGUUUGUAGCGUUUUCGCUGAAGCAAGGGAGCGCCCUUUCAAUUUGGUUCUUAAAAUAUUGCAUAGAUCUUUAUCUCAAGUGAGUUGUUUUCUGACUUCAGAUUACUGGCAAUGGCCGCGGCCUUCUGUCUCUCUGCUGCUUCUAAUGCCGUGGGAACACUGAUGGUAGAGUACCUGGUGAGGCCCGUAGAGCGUGGUUUUCGUUACUUAUUUCGUUUUAAUAAGAUUGUUGAAGAGCUCAAGCUGCAGGAAAAAAAUUUGAGCAAAGAACAAACUCGAGUAAUGCAGGAUGUUGAAGAGGCUAAAAGGCAUGUUCAAACUCAAGUAAUUGAGCAGUAUGUAGAGGACUGGUUGACAGACGCAGAAAAUGUCUUCAAAGAUGUACAGAGUUUGGAACGUAGAAUUGAAGAAAAUAAGAGAUGCUUCCUUUGGUGUCCUAAUUGGAGUUGUGGAUAUCCGUUAAGUAAGAAGAUAGAGCGACAGACAGUGGCGAUCAAAGAACUUGUCAAGUCUUCUAAAUUUGACAGAGUUGGUCACCGUGCUACUCUCCCUGGCAUAGAAUUCUUCUCUCCUAAGGAUCUUGUGGCUUCAAAAUCUUCAACUUCUGCUUUCAAUGAGAUCAUGGAGGCAUUGAAGAAUGAUGAAGUCAACAUGAUCGCAGUAUGGGGGAUGGGAGGGGUUGGUAAAACCACCUUAGUCACCGAAGUGGGCAAGAAAGCCAAAGAAUUAGAGCUUUUCCAUAAAGUUAUAAAAGCUGUCGUGUCCCAAACUCCAAUCAUUGAAAAUAUUCAAGUUAAAAUAGCAGACUUCUUAGAUUUAAAGUUUGAAAAGAUGGGUAAAGAAGGGAAAGCAGAGGAAUUAUGGCUUGGAUUGAAAAAGGAAGAAAAGGUCCUCAUAAUCCUUGACGAUAUGUGGGAUGAGCUCAACUUGAAGGAGAUAGGCAUUCCAUUGCGUGAAAAUCACAAGGGCUGUAAAAUCAUUUUGACAACACGUCGUAAGAAAGUAUGUGAAUCUAUGGCAAGUCAAGUUACGGUUUCACUCGGUGUUUUAGAUGAAGGUGAGGCAUGGACUUUAUUCAAAACAAAAGCAAGCCUCGAUGAAGGUAAAGAUCAUGCACACACUAUUGAGGUGGCUAUGAAUGUUGCAAAAGAAUGCAAGGGCCUACCUGUAGCUAUUGUAACAUUAGCAAGGGCUUUAAAAGGUACUAAAACUGUUAAAGGAUGGGAAGUAGCACUUGACAAGCUUAAGAACUACAGAUUAAUGGAAAUUGGGAAUGUUGAAGAAGAGGCAGAGAAAAAUGUCUACAUGUGUCUGAAGAUCAGUUAUGAUUACUUGAGGAAGGAGACAACCAAGAGAUGCUUCUUAUUGUGUGCUUUAUAUCCAGAAGAUUACUCAAUUGAUGUGGAAGCGUUGGUGAGACAUGCUUGGGGUUUGAAGAUAUAUAGCAAGGCUGCCUCAAUUGAAGAAGCGAGGUUUGAAGUCUUGGAAGCCAUUGACUACCUCAAAGAUUCUAGUUUGUUGUUAGCAGAUACAGAAAGGUAUGUCAAAUUACAUGACAUGGUUCGUGAUGUUGCUCUAUGGGUUGCAUCCAAAGAAGAAAGUGAUUUUAUGAUAAAACCUAGUUUGGGGUUAGCGAAUGAAAGCCUUGAACCUUGUAAUGCAAUCUCAUUGUUGGAUGGUGAAAAAAAAAAAUUUCCUAAGGGAUUGGUUUGUCCGAAGCUUGAGAUCCUAUUGCUAAAGAACUGUCAUACAUCAAAUGAAUGUUUUCAAGAGAUGAAAGAAUUGAGAGUUCUGAGUCUUGUGAAGCCUUAUCGUUGGGAGUUUUCUUUGAAUUCUCUUAUGUCUCUAAGAAAACUUCGAGCUCUACAUGUAGAAAAUUUCUACGGGGUAGAAGACUUCUCAUCCCUUGGAAACCUGACGACACUUGAGAUUCUCAGUUUGCGUGGUUCAGAAGUCCAGGAAUUGGCAGAUGAAUUCGGGAAUUUGAAAAAUCUUAAGGUGUUGGAUCUAACUAAUUGUAAAAUUUUGUCAAGAUUUCCCCCUAAUUUGAUUCGAAGUUUCUACCAGCUGGAGGAGCUAUACAUAAAAGGUUUAGAGAUUGCAAGUGGAAAGGCAAGUACUGCUAUCCUUCCGGAGCUAAGAUUCUUAUCUAGAUUAGAGGCACUAUACUUGGAGUUACCUUUUUUACAUAUUCCGAAUGACUUUGAGUUUCCUAGAUUGCAAAGAUAUGAAAUAGCCAUAAAGGAAAGGAGCUCUUAUAGGGAUAAACCGGUAACCUCAUCAAGAUCGUCCUUGCAGAUUGAGGGGGGGUUUCCUCUAAAUGUAAUUUUAGAGUUACUUUGGAAAAUAGAGUUUCUUAAAGUCUCAGAUAUGGAGGAUGAGUAUGUAGAAUGCUUGAAUGAUAAAACACAACAGAAGGUGCCAGUUUCAUUGAUUUUACAAAAUCUAAAAGAAGUGAAAGUUGAAUCCUGUGAGAAUCUGUUAGUGGUAUUUCAGAUGGAGAAGGUGGAAAAUCACGCAUCAUUGCACUCAAGCCUAGAACGCUUGUAUCUAAAGGAUUUGUCUCAUUUGCGUUGCAUAUGGGAAUUGCCAACUCAUAUAAGCCUUGGACGUUUAGUGGAUUUAAAGCUAAUCUUUUGCCCAAGUCUGAAAUCUCUCUUCUCACUUUCUGUAGCUCAAAGUCUGGUACUCUUAGAAUAUCUUCAGAUAAAGGGCUGUGGUGAAUUGAAGCAAAUAGUCACAGAAUCGGAAGGUGUUGAAGAAGAAAUAUCAUCAACCAUCAAUUCUCACACUUCUUUGUGCUUCCCAAAGUUAACAUAUGUCGAGAUAGAUAAAUGUGAUGGUUUGGAAUAUAUUUUUCCGCGGAUGAUGGCGCCCCAAGGGUUUCCGCAACUGGAAAAUCUUUACAUAAUUAAUUGCCAUCAAUUAAAACAAGUGUUCAGACCUGCAAAAGAAAGGGAUGAAAAUGACACUAUGCUUCCCCGACUAAAGUUUCUUACAUCUUUGAUGAAGUUGACAGUGAUCUCUUGCCCUCUAUUAACUGAUUCUAGUGUUCAUUUUGAAGCUGUGAAGGCUGAGCUGGAGGAGGUUCGGUUAUCAGCAUUCAAGGAAUUAUUCAGCAAUACAAAAGAACUUAUUCUCCGGAGAAGUAGGGUGGGAAGUCAUAAUCUGGUUCCAGAUGCAAACGGAGAGGGACUAUGUGGAUUAACUUCCCUUCUACUGGAAUAUUGCGAGGAUCUCGAAUGCUUGGUUGAUACGACAACAAUGAAGGUGCCAACUUCUGCAUUCACUGAUUUGGUCGAAUUAGUUAUAAAUGAUAUGGUUGGUUUGAAAAUAUUAUGCAAGGGUCAGCCUCCACAAGGUUUCCUGCAAAAUUUAAAAAUUUUGAAAGUUGAAAAUUGCAGGGAUAUUGUCUCUUUGUCUCCUACAGGAAAAUUACAAAAUAUGCAGCAACUGGUUGUACGAGAUUGUAGGAAGUUGCAAGUGGUAUUUCAAACCUCUUUUUCUCCAGGUCUUCCUAAACUAGAAUCGGUUUCGGUAAGUGAGUGUCCUCAAUUAGAGCAAGUCUUCUACAUCGAGGCAAAAGAACAAGAUGGAGUUGAACAUGGUAUUAUGCUCCGAUGUCUAAAGCAUCUACAACUUGAUAGGUUAACAAACUUGAGCAGUUUUGGUCCUCAAAACUAUUUUUUUGAAGCGCCUAUUUUGGAAAAUUUAAGAGUUUCUGAGUGUCCUCGAUUCACCAACUUUUCCAUUCAAAAACUUAACAAGCGGGUUGACUUAAAGGGAGUUCGAUUGUCCGUAUUCAAAGAGUCGUUAUGCAAAACAGAAGAUCUUACUCUCAGCAGAAUUAAUAUGGAUCACAAAAAUCUCGUUGCAGAUGCAGAUCUAGAAGGGUUAACAACCCUUAAACUUAUGGAUUGCAAGGAUCUUGAAUGCUUGGUUGAUUCAACAAACGAGCAUGUCCCAACAAGUGGAAUAUUCACUAAUUUGGUGGAAUUAGUCAUGGAAAACAUGAUUGGUUUGGAAAUGUUGUGCAAGGGCCAGCCUCCGAAGGGUUUCCUACGAAACCUAGAAAUCUUGACGGUCAGAGGAUGCAAGGAUAUUGUCUCUUUAUCUCCCAUGGAACGAAAUCUAAAAAAGCUGACAGUUGAACAAAAUGGAAGGUUGCAAGAGAUAUUUCGAAUCGAUGAGUUUCUUUAUAACAGGGAAGAAAAUCAAGCACCAUUACUGUCAAAUUUAGACUUUUUGAGGGUAUGGUAUCUGCCAGAAUUGAAAUGGAUAUUAAAAGGUCCCGCCCAUUACGUUAGCCUCCGAAGUCUGAAGAUUGUAAAUAUAAGAAGAUGCAACGAAUUGAAAUCUCUCUUCUCAGCCUCCAUCGUUCAAACCCUAAGGCUUCUAGAAGAACUAGUGAUUGGUUAUUGUGAUAAAUUGGAGCAUGUUUUCCUGGAGUUAGAAAGUGAUGAUGAUCAAACAGAAUCAGACACUCUGUGCUUGCCAAACUUGAAAACUCUGGAUAUAACUGGAUGCCCAAGACUAGAAUAUGUUUUUCCAAACACUUUGGCUCAAGGUUUUCCUUGUCUGCAAAACCUAAAAUUUCGUAAAUUAACAAAUUUGAAUGGUUUUGUUGCAGAAAACUAUUUUGUCAAACUGCCUGCUUUGAAAAAAGUAGAUGUUAUCGACUGUCCUCCAUUGACAAAUUUUACCAUUCAACAAGAAGUUGACAAGCCUAUUCAAUUAAAGGAGUUGGUUAUCUGUUUUGAAUUUAAAAAUGAUGUUGAGUUGUGCAACACCCAAUUGAGACAAAGAUCACCAAAUUUGGAAUACAUAAAUGUGGGGAAGUUUGAACAACUAUUUCAGCUUCGAGGUGGAUACUUCAUCUCAAGUUUAGAGAAAAUGAGGCUUGUUAAUCUGAUUUGGCUACGAGAUAUAUGGAAGGGUCUCAUACAAGUUGUAACCAAUCUUAGAAAAUUGGAAGUAGACAACUGCAGUAAAUUGACAUGUAUCUUCCCAAUAAUGCUUAUUCAAAAUUUUCCACAAUUGACCUUUCUACGAAUACUCCGAUGUGAUAAUCUGGAGCAAAUAAUUGGGAAUGAUAACAUUUCGGCAUCAUCAUCAAAAGGUCAUGACCAAGAUGAAACGGGUGUUAAAAGUGAGAAGGAAUUGUUGAUGUUGAGUCGAUUACAAGAGGUGGAUCUUGUAACAUUGCCACGCCUAGUGAGCUUCGGUCCUGUGGGUUAUCAUUUGGUAUUCCCAUCUUUGUGCUUCUUAAAGAUUGAAGGAUGUUCCCAGAUGACAACAAAUUUCACUGUCGAUUCAACAUUAACUGUGCAUGCAAAAAAACAGGGAAGAACCAGGAGAUGUUUCACCAUUGAAGUGAAAAACUGCAAAAGCAUAGUUGAAUGUAAGUUUCACCUCAAUACUAUCACCAACAGUCUAGGCUAGUUAAUUAGCCAGGUAAACUAAUACUUAUUUUUGUGGUUCUUUAAUUGCUUGAAAUUUCAGUUUCCUAUUAGGAUAGACCCAGAUCAAUUCAUAGGUGCACUUGAGCUUCCAAUUUCUUGAUCUGCUUGUUUGUUUCUAAAUUUGUAACCAGUGAUAUUCUGGGUUUGCAAGUAUGGAUCACAUUUAUGUGUAUUUUCGCCAAAACUAUACAGUGUUGGUUGAGUAUAAACUGUUGGCUGAUUUUCAGUCAGGCCGUGCUUUAAUUCCUAUUGAAUAUAUAUCUGAUUUUGAUUCUACGCAAUAUCAGAAUGUUUACUUGUCCUAACAAGUCCACGGAAAAAUCACUUGCUGUUAUCCAUAUACUUGAUCACUUCCAUAGUUACUUGCAUAAUGUCUACUUCUACUUGGUUGAUUGUUUUUAUUAACCAUGCUUACCUUGCUCAUCUUAAUUAUUACAGUUCUUAUUUUUAUGUUCUCCAAUUGUUAACCAUGUAUAUUUGUCAACUAAAUUCCACCAGCAGUCACUGAACAUUGAUAAUUGCUUCUUGUCUCUGGCGCUUACAUGCUCAAGCUUUGAGGUCCCUUCCCCUUUUAUCCUUUUUGAUAUGUUUGGAUGCAGAUUUUGUGGGGCUUUGAGUUUGUAUUAUCAACUUUUUGGGUGAAUUUAGUGCUUAAGAUGAUGGAGAUGAUAGGAUAAUAUAAGAAUGUAGAUGACAUCAUCCUGUCCAAUGUCUGCUGUGAGCAAGAUAGCAGAGCAGAAUGAGAUAAUUUUUCUUCUAUGUAAUGUUUGGUGUAGAUACCAUUAGAUGUCAAGUAGGAUGAUUUUUUGUCAUUGGUCUAAAUACCCCUCUCUAUGCUAUGCCAAGUACAAAUUUUAAAUGAAAUUUUCAACUUUUAAGGGGGGUGGGAAAUAUGAAAGAAAAAAAAUGAAUGGAGGAUACUACAAUCCUGUCGCAUACGAUUAAAUAAUCCUCCCCUUUUUACACAAGAUUGAGUCAUC